CUUAGAAAAAAAAAACACAAUUUCAUAAACAUCUUAAAUUUUUAAUUGUUUUUGUCUCAAAUUGUAAUUGUUUAAAAUAUGGUUGAUCCUAAUCGUAAAAUUAAUCGUCUAACUGAUAGAGAUCUCGAAUUCUUGGAAGAAUGUGAACGAGAUUUUGGCUUACGUUACACCGAAGAGGAUGCCGAAUUUAUGCAGCAUUGUGCAAAGCCCUUAGAUGAUCCACCCGUCAUAGAUAAUUGGACUCCUGGCGGUGGCGAUGGAGGUCGUAACGAGGGUGGGGGUCGUCAUCACAAUCGGGGUGGUCCCCGUCAUCAAAGAAAUUGGCGUGGUAAUUCUGGCGGUGGAGGUGGUCAUGGUGGCGGUGGUUAUGGUGGGGGUGGUGGUUAUGGAGGUGGUGGUGGAUAUGGAGGCGGUGGUGGUUACAAUAAUCGCAACUUUAGACAGAGAAGAGGUGGUCGUGGUGGUGGCCGAGAUAAUUAUGAAGAUAAUAAUGGCUCAGAAGUUAGACACCAUUCUCAUAAACGACCCGCAUUUAGUCAACAAGAAAACAGUAGCAGUAGUAGUCGCCCUACCAUGAAAAUUAGAAAAGAUUAUAAUAAUUUUGUGGCCGCUUCAAAGGAUGAUUAGAUUUUAAAAUUUUCACAAAUUCUUUUUUAAUAAAAUUUAAAAAACAAACUAAA